CACGUUCCCGGAAAGAGAGCUGUUGUUAUGGAAACAGAGGCAGUGCCAAUCAUCGCCUCGGUGGCUCUUCGGGGCCCUCUCAUCGGGGACAUUGGAAAUUGGCAUUCUAGAACACCAGUACAUGAUGCUUCUAGACACGGCAAUACUUCGCAGCUCAGAGAGCUGAUUGACAGCGGGGUCUGUGUGAACCUGGUUACUGUGGAUUCAAUAACACCUCUUCAUGAAGCUUGCCUACAUGGACAUAUCCAGUGUGUGAAGUUGCUGCUGGUGGAUGCUAGAAAUAUUGAUGGAAGCACUCCCCUGUGUGAUGCCUCUGCAGCAGGUAGUCUGGAAUGUGUGAAGUUUCUCUUAGACAAUGGUGCCAAAGUGAACCCUCCACUUUUUACUGCUUCACCCCUCCAUGAAGCUUGCAUGAGUGGAAAAUCAGAAUGUGUAAAGUUAUUGAUAGAAGUAGGAGCAAACCUUGAAGCUCAUGAUUGCCACUUUGGAACACCCUUACAUGUAGCGUGCGCCAGAGAGCAUUUGGACUGUGCAAAGGCCUUACUUCAUGCAGGAGCAAAUGUGAAUGCAGCAAAGCUCCAUGAAACUGCACUUCACCAUGCAGCAAAGGUGAAAAAUACAGAUCUUGUCAAGAUGUUAGUUGAAUUUGGAGGAAAUGUUUAUGCCAGAGACAAUAGGGGAAAGAAACCCACGGAUUAUACCUGGCCAAACAGUCCUACUGCCAAAUGUUUUGAAUACUAUGAAAAGACACCCAGGAGCCUUUAUCAGCUCUGCAGGCUUAACCUCAGAAAAACACUUGGGCAAAGAGCUGUGGAAAAGAUUCUCAAAUUAAAUAUCCCCACAAGACUUAAGCAAUAUUUAACAUAUAAUUGACUCUAAUAGUCGCUUUGGAAGAUUCUCAUCAGUAUAGAUGAAGAUCCUGAGGACUGGCAUGUUAAAUCACCAGAGGACUUGGGGUCUUCCUUUUGAAUCUAAAUGAUGUAUGUACUGUAAAAAGAAAAACAUUUAUAUGGAAGAUGUAUGAUGUUUCCAGCAUACCUAAAUAUGUGUCCCUUCGGAUUUUGCUUCAUUGUUGAGAUGUGUAUUAAUAAUUUGUUUUAAAAAUUAUUUAUUCAAAUAAAUGUCUGUGGAUGAAAUAUGUUGCUUUCUAUAAUAGAAAAGUUUAUCUUUUUUUAGUGGCCUGGUAAACAUGAGCCUGGGAGCUACGAAUUAAUUUAUCGGUAAAUGUUUCUGCACAUUGAGUCACCAUUUGUUCUAACCCCUUAGUAGUUAUGCAACUGAAAAAGCAUUUAAGUGAAUAAUACCAACUGAAUUGCAAUGUUUCUUGUAGGCUUAGUAGUAACACAUUUAGUAAAGCAUAAACCCCUCAGAUACACGAGUAAUAUGCUACCUUUAAAAGCUGUAUACCCACACCUGCCAAUCAUAUUUCUAAUAAAAUCGACUUUGUGUAUAUAAUUGGAAGUUAACAUUUGUGUUGUGCUGGUGUGUGUGAGCAGUGUUUGAGUCAAUAAAAAUGUUACUUCCUA